GGUUUAUUAUCACAAACGCAUGGUAUAACCAUCGUUCUUAUUAUUUCGUAUUCAGUUAAAUCUGCUUUCUCCUUUAUUAUUACCUCCUCCAUCCGAGAUCGCAGACGUACGGUUGAAUAAUUAACAUCGCGUUUAUAACAUUGAAUAUAAAAAAAUUGCGAAUGCCACCGCAUUACCUUCUUUUACGGAUUGAAAUAUUGAAGGUUAAGCAUAAUAAUUUUCUGUAUUUCGUUGCUCCGGUUUGCAGGGAGAGUAAAUAAACAUGUUGGUGAAUUUUACAUUUGUGGGCCUACUAGCGCCGGUUUUUACCAUUUUCAACCAGGAUUUUUCAGUUAAUCUUGAUCGCAUUCCAAAAUAUGCUCAAUAUUUGAAAGAAUCUCGCUAUGAUGGUGUUUUAGUCGCAGCAACUAGUGGCGAAGGCACCUCCUUAUCAGUCAGAGAACGUAAGAAUCUUACAGAAGCAUGGGCAAGAGCUGUAAAAGAGACCAAACAACAUCUAAUGGUUCAAGUUGGUGGGGCUCCCAUACCUGAUGUUCUGGAACUGGCCAGGCAUGCAGAGAAAAUUGGAGUGGAUUCAAUUUUAACGCUGCCAGAGUUGUAUUUUAAACCGAAAACUGUGCAGGAGUUGAUAAAUUACAUGAAAUUUAUUAGUGCUGCAGCACCUAAUACUCCUUUAUUGUAUUAUCAUAAUAUUUUGGCAACUGGAAUUAAUAUUGACAUGGCGGAAUUUCUACGACAAUCCAAAGACCAAUUACCCAAUUUAGUAGGCAUAAAAUACACCUCAAACGACUUGGUCGGAGCCUAUGCAGCUUUAACCGAAGCUAGUUCUCAAGGCAAAACUGUAUUUAUGGGUGGCGACUAUUUGUUAGAGCCAGCGUUUGCAACUGGAUUUAAAUCAGCCAUUGCCACCUCUAUGAGUCCAUUUCCCAGCUACGCAGUGAAAAUGCUCGAGGCGAUACAGAAUUCCGAAAUUAAGACGGCCAUUGAACUGCAACAAAACCUCACCCGGAUUAUGGAUAUUUCCAAACGAUAUGGAUCAAAAGUAGCAACAAUGAAGCUGGCAAUGAAUUUGUUUACUCCAGUUAAUGUGGGAUUAGCCAGGCCUCCUCUGCAAAAUCCUAGCCCGGUGAACAUUGUUGAAAUGAGAACCGCUUUACAACCGUUUUUAUGAGGUAAUAAAUUGUACUGAAAAAUA